AUGCUACACAGACACAGUUCCAAGCAAAAGAACUUCGAGAGUAUUGCAGGCAAAGUUGUCCACGACCUUGCAGGUUUGCAAUUGCUUUCGAAUAACGUUCGAAAGUCAGCCAUCCAAAGCGAUCAUCAUGGAACGACCAAACUGAGGGAUAAUGGGCCUCAGGGCAUGGCAAGUAAAUAUUCCGUUCCCAAGAAAGGACUACCUGCUGAUUUGUCCUACCAACUAAUUCAUAAUGAAUUAACGCUUGAUGGUAAUCCGCACUUGAACCUUGCUAGUUUUGUAAACACUUUUACGACUGAUCAGGCAAGAAAAUUGAUUGACGAAAACUUGACUAAGAAUUUAGCUGAUAAUGAUGAAUAUCCGCAAUUAAUUGAGCUGACCCAACGUUGCAUUUCUAUGCUAGCUCAAUUGUGGCACGCAAAUCCUGAAGAAGAACCUAUUGGUUGUGCUACUACAGGUUCCAGUGAGGCAAUCAUGCUGGGGGGGCUUGCCAUGAAAAAAAGAUGGGAACACAGGAUGAAGGAUGCUGGUAAAGACGUUUCCAAACCAAACAUUAUAAUGUCUUCUGCGUGCCAAGUUGCAUUGGAGAAGUUCACAAGAUAUUUUGAGGUGGAAUGCAGAUUGAUUCCGGUUUCGCACAAGAGCCAUCAUAUGCUUGAUCCAGACUCAUUAUGGGACUAUGUCGAUGAGAACACUAUCGGCUGUUUUGUAAUUUUGGGAACCACCUACACAGGCCAUUUGGAAAAUGUAGAAAAAGUUGCUGAUGUAUUAUCUCAAAUUGAGGCCAAGCAUCCUUACUGGAGCAAUAUUGAUAUUCCAAUUCAUGCAGAUGGAGCUUCUGGCGGGUUUAUUAUUCCAUUCGGUUUUGAAAAAGAACACAUGAAAGCCUAUGGUUUGGAACGUUGGGGGUUUAAUCAUCCACGUGUGGUUAGUAUGAACACCAGUGGUCAUAAAUUUGGACUAACCACUCCCGGUUUAGGUUGGGUACUAUGGAGAGAUGAAUCCUUAUUGGCUGACGAAUUGAAAUUCAAACUAAAGUAUCUUGGCGGCGUAGAGGAAACUUUCGGUUUGAAUUUUUCAAGACCAGGAUUCCAAGUGGUCCAUCAAUAUUUCAACUUCGUUUCUCUUGGCCAUUCGGGAUACAGGACACAGUUCCAAAAUUCUUUAUUUGUCGCAAGAGCAUUUUCUUUCGAACUGUUAAAUUCGUCCAAAUUGCCUGGAUGUUUCGAAAUAGUCAGCAGUAUUCACGAAAGAAUUGAGGAUGAUUCCACACCAGAAUCUGUUAAAGACUACUGUGAGCAUCCGCAAGCAUACAAGCCAGGUGUGCCGCUGGUGGCUUUUAAGCUAUCCAAGAAGUUUCAUGAAGAAUAUCCAGAAGUGCCACAAGCAAUUCUAUCCUCCUUGUUGAGAGGCAGAGGCUGGAUAAUACCAAAUUAUCCAUUGCCAAAGGCUACAGAUGGGUCUGAUGAAAAGGAAGUGUUGAGGGUGGUUUUCAGAUCAGAGAUGAAGUUAGAUUUAGCACAGCUGCUAAUUGUUGACAUCGAGAACAUCUUGACAAAAUUGAUUCAUAGUUAUGAAAAGGUCUGCCAUCAUAUUGGACUUGCCUCUGAGCAAACUCCAGAGCGCAAGAGCUCCUUUAUUUACGAGAUGUUGUUGGCAUUGGCGUCUCCACAAGAGGACAUUCCAAGUCCGGAGGAAACCGAGAGAAAAAAUAAGCUAAGGGAAAGAACAACAAGAAACUACAGAGGUACAUGUUGA